AUGAGAGAACCCAGAGACGCAACCAAAACCGAUAUCAAAACCUCCAAACCCGCAUCUUCUGGUUCUUUCCCUCUCAUUCUCGACAUCGAUGACUUCAAGGGAGAUUUCUCGUUCGAUGCUUUGUUCGGGAACUUAGUGAACGAGCUUCUUCCGUCUUUCAAAUUAGAAGACCUUGAAUCGGAAGGCGAUUCUCUGCCGAACGGUCAUCUACGAGAUGCAAAUAAAUAUUCACAAGGGGUUACGAGUCCUUUGUUUCCUGAGGUUGAAAAUCUCUUGUCUUUGUUCAAGGAUUCUUGUAAGGAACUCCUUGAGCUACGUAAACAGAUUGAUGGGAGACUACACAAUCUUAAGAAAGAUGUUUCUGUACAAGACUCUAAGCAUAGGAGGACACUAGCUGAGCUAGAGAAAGGUGUAGAUGGGUUGUUUGAAAGCUUUGCGAGGUUGGAUUCACGUAUUUCAAGUGUUGGUCAGACAGCUGCAAAGAUAGGAGAUCAUCUCCAGAGUGCAGAUGCUCAGCGAGAAACUGCCAGUCAAACUAUUGAGCUGAUAAAAUAUUUAAUGGAGUUCAAUAGCAGCCCUGGUGAUCUGAUGGAACUUUCUCCUCUUUUUUCUGAUGAUAGCCGUGUUGCCGAGGCUGCCUCAAUUGCCCAAAAAUUGCGGUCAUUUGCUGAAGAAGAUAUUGGAAGACAUGGUAUAAGUGUCCCAUCAGCGGUGGGAAAUGCAACUGCUAGCCGGGGAUUAGAAGUUGCAGUUGCUAAUUUACAGGACUACUGCAAUGAACUGGAGAAUAGAUUGCUUUCUCGGUUCGAUGCAGCGUCACAGAAAAGAGAAUUGACCACAAUGGCAGAAUGUGCCAAAAUUUUGUCUCAGUUCAACAGGGGUACAAGUGCCAUGCAACAUUAUGUGGCAACACGUCCAAUGUUUAUUGAUGUGGAAGUAAUGAAUGCAGACACUAGGCUGGUUCUUGGUGACCAGCCUAUACAAAGUAGUCCUAAUAAUGUUGCUCGCGGGCUUGCCUCCUUGUACAAAGAAAUCACAGACACUGUCCGUAAAGAGGCUGCAACAAUCACUGCUGUAUUCCCUUCACCCAGUGAAGUUAUGUCAAUUUUAGUUCAGCGUGUUUUAGAGCAGCGAGUCACCGCCCUUCUGGACAAACUAUUAGUUAAACCAUCUCUUGUGAAUUUACCUUCCAUGGAGGAAGGUGGGCUCCUAUUCUAUAUUCGAAUGCUGGCAGUGGCGUAUGAAAAGACCCAAGAAAUUGCUAGAGAUCUCCGAGUUGUAGGAUGCGGUGACUUGGAUGUUGAGGGCCUGACAGAGUCCCUGUUUUCAAAUCACAAGGAUGAAUAUCCGGAAUAUGAGCAGGCAUCUCUUAGACAGUUAUAUAAAGUGAAGAUGGAAGAAUUGCGAGCUGAAAGCCAGAUUUCUGAUUCAUCUGGGACAAUUGGACGUUCAAAGGGAGCUACGGUAGCUUCUUCUCAGCAGCAAAUAUCUGUCACUGUCGUAACAGAGUUUGUACGUUGGAAUGAAGAAGCAAUCUCAAGAUGCAAUCUCUUUUCCUCCCAGCCUGCUACACUGGCAUCCCAUGUAAAAGCAGUGUUUACUUGCCUGUUAGACCAAGUUAGUCAAUAUGUAGCAGAAGGUCUUGAACGGGCUAGAGACGGACUGACUGAAGCAGCUAAUUUGAGGGAAAGAUUUGUGCUGGGUACAAGUGUCAGCCGUAGGGUAGCUGCUGCAGCUGCAUCUGCUGCGGAGGCUGCGGCUGCAGCUGGUGAAAGCAGUUUUAGAUCUUUCAUGGUUGCUGUACAACGUUCGGGAAGCAGUGUUGCUAUUAUUCAACAAUACUUCACCAAUUCUAUAUCUAGACUUUUGCUUCCUGUGGAUGGUGCACAUGCUGCUGCUUGUGAAGAAAUGGCUACAGCAAUGUCCAGUGCAGAGGCUGCUGCUUACAAAGGAUUACAACAGUGUAUCGAAACUGUCAUGGCUGAGGUAGAGCGACUGCUUUCAGCUGAGCAAAAGGCUACAGAUUAUAAGUCACCUGAUGAUGGAAUGGCUCCUGACCACCGGCCAACUACUGCCUGCACAAGGGUUGUGGCUUAUCUUUCUCGGGUACUGGAGUCUGCAUUCACUGCUUUAGAAGGUCUUAACAAACAAGCAUUUUUGUCUGAACUGGGAAAUCGCUUGCACAAGGUUCUGCAAAGCCAUUGGCAAAAAUAUACUUUCAAUCCAAGUGGAGGAUUGCGAUUGAAGCGUGACAUCACCGAGUAUGGAGAAUUUGUGCGUAGUUUCAAUGCUCCCUCUGUUGAUGAAAAAUUUGAAUUGUUGGGCAUAAUGGCCAAUGUCUUCAUUGUUGCUCCUGAGAGCCUUUCAACUUUGUUCGAGGGUACGCCCAGCAUUCGGAAAGAUGCACAAAGGUUUAUUCAACUUCGAGAGGACUUUAAGAGUGCCAAGCUUGCAUCCAAAUUGAGUUCCUUGUGGUCUUAA